AUGCAAUUCGCUGGGAAGAAAACUGAUCAAGUGACCACAUCUAAUCCGGGCUUUGAAGAAGAAGAAGAAGAAGAAGAAGAACUACAACAAGAUUGGUCGCAACUCGCAUCGCUCGUUAGCAAAAAUGCUGCUCUUUCACUUCCAAAGAGGGGUGAAAAAGACUAUGAACCAGAUGGGACUAAUUUGCAAGAUCUGCUUCUCUAUAAUGCAAGUAAAGCCAUGUUUGAUACCAUAUCAGACUCAAUAAGAGGCACAACAGUAAAAUCUGAAGUAAGAGGAUACUAUGUUCCCCAUAAACAUCAAGCCGUUCUACUUAAACCCAAAGGCAGCUUUAUGCAAACGAUGGGAAGGGCUGAUAGCACAGGCGAACUCUGGCUUGACUUCCAUGAGUUUGUUUAUUUGGCAGAGAGAGGCACUAUUCUUCCUUAUUAUAGAUUAGAAGCAGGCUCUAACAAAAGCUCAAAGCACGAAACAGAGAUUUUACUCAGUAUGGAGGAUUUGUAUUCGCUGUUUUCAUCGCAACAGGAAAUGGACCAAUAUUUUGUGUUUGCUCAUUUAAAAAGGUUGGGUUUUAUUCUAAAACCCAGCAAUCAAGAAGCAGCAGUCAAGACUUCCUUUUUCCCAUUGAAAAAGCAACGAAGUAAUUUACAAGCAAUCACUUGGAGAUUACUUUCAUUGUUUAAAAUACAAGAGUUAUCGCUGUUUAGUGGUUUCUUCUAUUCUAAGUGGAAUUUUUUUUUUCGUAAAUAUACGACUUCACCACAGUUAUACCAGGGUUUAAAUAGGCUUGUUCGUUCCGUGGCUGUACCAAAGAAUAAAAAAGAGCUAUUGGAUGCACAAUCUGAUAGGGAAUUUCAAAAGGUAAAGGAUAUUCCCUUGACAUUUAAAGUAUGGAAACCCCAUUCUAAUUUCAAGAAAAGAGACCCCGGUCUUCCUGAUUUCCAAGUUUUCGUUUACAAUAAAAAUGACGAUCUUCAGCAUUUUCCUACCUAUAAAGAGCUGCGAUCUAUGUUUUCCUCACUUGAUUAUAAAUUCGAAUUUUUAAGCGAAAUCGAGGAUGAUGACGAUUGGGAGACAAACUCCUACGUUGAAGAUAUCCCACGAAAGGAAUAUAUUCAUAAGAGGAGCGCGAAAUCUCAAACUGAAAAAAGUGAGUCGUCUAUGAAAGCAAGUUUUCAAAAAAAAACUGCACAGUCUAGCACGAAAAAGAAGAGAAAGGCGUACCCACCUCACAUACAGCAAAAUCGUAGAUUGAAGACGGGAUAUCGGAGCUUUAUUAUCGCUAUUAUGGAUAAUGGCCUUAUUUCGUUUGUAAAAAUGUCCGAGGCUGAUUUUGGAUCUGAAAGUGUAUGGUAUACACCUAAUACUCAAAAGAAAGUAGAUCAAAGAUGGAAGAAGCAUUAA